ACUAAAGUGCAACGCAGUGAGCCACUCGGCCACCGUACAAAGGCGCUCUCGUCUCGUGUUGCAGGAAGUGAUUGCUCUGCUGUGAAUAACAACAUACGAUUACAAACACGAGCGCUUUUAUAUUAUCAUGGCUGAGUAUUCACAUGUGAAGUCCACCAAACUGGUUCUAAAAGGAUUGAACGACAAGAAAAAGAAGAAAAAGAACAAGGACAAAAAGAGAAAACGAGAAGAUGGAGAAGACAAGCCAGACAUUGUUGGAGGAUGGUGGGCAGUGAAGAGUUUAGGUGAAAUCACAGGCACCGUGGCCAUUGAGAUGCACAACAACUCUUACGUUCAUGCACUGGACACAGGACUUUUCACAGUAGGAGCUCCACAUAAAGAGGAUGAAGGCCCAGAUCCACCCGAACAGUUCACUGCAGUCAGACUUUCAGACUCCAGGAUAGCACUAAAAUCGGGUUACGGGAAGUAUCUGGGGAUAAACUCAGAAGGCAUUGUGAUUGGUCGAUCAGACGCCAUCGGCUCCAGGGAGCAGUGGGAGCCAGUGUUUCAGGAUGGUAAAACGGCUUUGCUUGCUGCAAACAGCGGCUUCAUCUCGUACAGCGAAAAUGGAGACAUAGUGGCCAAAAACAAGGCAGCUGGAGAUGAGGAGAUGAUCAAGAUUCGUUCGUGUGCAGAGAAAGAAGUGAAGAAAAAGGAUGAUCUUGCAGAUGAAGACAGGGGUGAUGUCAAGAGCUGUGAGGUCAACUAUGUAAAGAAAUUUCAGAGUUUUCAGGAUCGUAAGCUGAGGGUGAAUGAGGAGGACGGCAAGGUGCUGAAACUAGCCAGAACAGAUGGUAAAUUUCACGAAGCACUGCUGGAUAGGAGAGCCAAAAUGAAAGCUGACCGAUACUGCAAGUGAAACAGGAGAUAACAUUUUCUAUUUCAGUAUUAUGAUGUCUGCUUUUUUUAAAUAAACCUGUAAACUUUUCAAAAUA